GCAGGAGUUAGGGAAGUUUGUGCCGGGAUCUGUGUGGCAGAGCAGCUUCAUUUUCUCCCGUGCAGUGUCUCCUCCACCUGCAGCUCCAGAUGUAUAGCAUGUUGGACACAGACCUCAAGAGCCCGGUGCAGCAGAGCAAUGCACCGAACGGGGGCCCCGGCACCCCAGGGGGCAAAGGCAAUGCUUCUAUCCCGGAUCAGGAGCGGGUGAAACGGCCGAUGAACGCGUUUAUGGUGUGGUCCCGGGGCCAGCGGAGAAAGAUGGCCCAGGAGAACCCCAAGAUGCACAACUCGGAGAUCAGUAAGAGGCUGGGGGCUGACUGGAAGUUGUUGAGCGAUUCCGAGAAAAGACCCUUCAUCGACGAGGCCAAGAGGCUGAGAGCAGUCCAUAUGAAGGAGUACCCGGAUUACAAGUACAGACCCCGCAGGAAGACCAAGACCCUCCUGAAAAAGGACAAGUAUUCCCUGCCUGGCAACCUUUUGGCUCCAGGAGUUAGCCCGGUGGCCAGCAGUGUUGGUGUUGGCCAGAGGAUAGACACUUAUGCUCACAUGAAUGGCUGGACUAAUGGGGCUUAUUCCCUGAUGCAGGACCAGCUGGGCUACAGCCAGCACCCUGGGAUGAACAGCCCCCAGAUGCAGCAGAUCCAGCACAGGUAUGACAUGGGCGGCCUGCAGUACAGCCCAAUGAUGUCCUCCGCGCAAACUUACAUGAAUGCUGCUGCCUCUACCUAUAGCAUGUCCCCUGCCUACAACCAGCAGAGCUCCACGGUCAUGAGUUUGGGCUCUAUGGGCUCAGUGGUGAAAUCCGAACCCAGCUCCCCCCCUCCAGCCAUCACCUCCCACACGCAAAGGGCCUGCCUGGGAGACCUGCGAGAUAUGAUCAGCAUGUACCUGCCCCCAGGUGGAGAUGCCAGCGACCCUUCUUCCCUUCAGAGUAGCAGACUGCACAGUGUACACCAACAUUACCAGAGCGCAGCUGGCCCCAAUGGCACUGUACCGCUCACUCACAUAUAACACUUUUGCUUCUGCUCUUUUCUAAAGACGCUUUGCUUGCCUGGCAAGUAUCAGACUGAAUUAAAAAAAGACCCACUUGAGGACAAUGAAUCAAGGGUGUAUUUUGUACAAAAGUUUGCGCAAACUUCCUUUAUAGAGCACAAUAUUUUAUGUACUUUUUGUUGGGGGGGGGAUUAUGUGUUGGGGCUUUUAAAAUCCAGAGGUUCCAGGUGUUCUUUAUCCCAUUUACACGUACCUGGUACCUUCAGUUGUACAAGUCGGGACGAUCUUAACCAUAACAUGUUUACACGUUUUAAUGACACGCUCAAGAUUUCCUUGGGUUUUAUCCAAAACUGUAGAUUUUAUCGUUUGCAUAUUUUUUUUUUUUUAGACUUGACUUUUCAAAAGAGCUGUGCGGGUCGCAAACAGGACUUUUAUUUUGUUUUCUUUUAAUUUAUAGUAUGUAUUUUUUUUUUUUUCCUCCAUGUGAAAUCGCCUUUUUUUUCUGGCUCAUAUUUACUGUGAAUUGUUUAACAUAUCAACAACAAAUACUUUAGAAUUGUUUUACUGGGUUUCUAAAGACUUUGACAUGAAAGUAAAACGACAUACUCAAUAAAUUUUCUAUGAGGAAUGUA